AUGCGUUCGAGAGAAAAUGGUGAAGCGAAGAAAAUAGACAGUGCUCGUUUUCUAUGGAAAACUAUACCUUCCUCAAUCAAAGAAAGCAACCCUGAAGUCAAUGCUGUGUGGAAAAUUGGUCAACAACUUUGGUUACGGAACUAUGCUGGAGUACAUGAGGCAAUCCGUGGUUUUGAGUGGGGUCAGGGUCUCCAGGAUUUUGUUGCUGCUUUCUCAGGCAAGCAUUUUGCCAAAAGUUUAAUUAGUUUGGUGGAAAAAAUUGUGUUAGAGUUUGAACUUGGGAAGAACAUUGAUUCUCACCUGUUUUUGGCUUGGCUGGACUUCCCUUUGCAUAUACAAAUAUCUAACAUGAAAUAUUGUAUGAUUGCAGAUGUGCUACAGCAAGGUUGGACUGUGGACUAUGUCUCUCGGAUGCUUACUGUGAAGAAGCAACCUGUUGUGACCGAGCAGAAACUAGACCCCCGUAAAUUGCAACAGCUUACAGAAUAUGUCUUCCAUCUCGAGCAUUGA